AUGCCAGUCUCAUGCUCAGUGCAUGGAUGUACAAAUAGACAGAUACGUGGUUGUUCCCAACAUUUUUUUAAGUUUCCUUUAAAAGAUUCCAAUAAACUACAAUUGUGGAUUGAUGCAGUUAAGCGUAAAGGAUUUAAUCCGAAUAAUUCUAGUAGAGUGUGUAGUGACCAUUUUUUACGCUCCGAUUUUGUAGCAAAACCUGGAGGAAGUUAUAAAUUGAUGUUAAAAAAUGAAUCAGUUCCUUCCCUUCUUAUGUCUGGAAGUUUGGAACCACCUAAAAAAGUGUUUAAUACUGAAAUUAUUCAUGAAACACAACUACAAAGUACUAGUAUGACAAUUACACCUGACUUAAAUACUACUAUUUUGAAAUCACAGGAAUCUAUUGAAUCAGUUGCUAUUGAUUUAUCUAUCACUAGUACACCACCAAAUAUUAAUUUAACACCCAUCAAAACACCACACUCUAUAUCUCCUUUAUUAAAGACACCUUAA